GCAACGACCCGCUUCCAGGGAGGAAGAGGAAAAUAUUUGGCGCUUCACAUUCAAGAACUUUGAUAAACCUUACAACGUCACCCCCAGUUCCUAAGUAUAGACGUGACUGCAGCUUGGACCGCACGAUGAGAGGACACGUUUCAGUAAAAAAUGUUCCCCCUCUUCCUCUCCCCGCUCUGCGCCUCAUGGUCCCACCACUGCGCCUGGUCUCAGCAGCCAUCUGGCAAACAAUCCAGCAGAGUCACGUGAUGGAUUAUGGGAUGCUGGAGGAGUUUGUUACCAUGGUCACAGAUGUGGUUCCAGAGCUUCUGACUGACAGUCAGAGGGCCCAACUUAUUCUGGGUCUUCGAGCACGGCUGGUCCUGGAGUUGUGUCGCUCGAAGCCGUUCACAGACCUCCAGACCAUUCAGCCACACCUGGACAGGAUAAAGACCCUUACACCUCUCUGGGGGACACAGGCUGAUGCAGAGGUGGGAUUAUCUGAAUCCAGCUUCCUGGGGCUGGUUCAAACCCUUCUUAAAGACCCAGAUGAGAGGGAACAUUUCUUCCAGGAUGUUUUUCCUGUAGAAUUUGGUUCCAGUUAUGAUGCAGCCAUACAGAAACUCAUGUGGCAAUUCCUUUCGAGACUGGAGAAGCUACUUCCUGUGUCAAACUUCCAACAGGCUGCCUUGCUGCUCAGCGACUCUCCCUCUCUUCUGGAGGAAUGUGUUCAGUCUGUGUCUCACCCUCAGCAGCUGAAAACCCUGCUUCAGUACCACAGAGACCUUGGCCAGCUGGACAACCAUGAUACUCUGUCUUCUUCCGAUGGGGACUGCAUUCUCUCAGCUCUCUGUCUCCCUCCAGUAGAAAGGGUGGUGAUUGCAACUGAACAGACAGAUUCAGAAACACACGUAUCAUCCUUGAACGUCUUUAUGGAUACAUUCACCAAAGAGUUGGAGGUGGACUCUGCAACACUGGCAAAGUACACAGAGCUGGAACCCGGGAUGAAUGUGGAUGUAAUAGCAGAGGAUAGGGUGGAAUGUAAGAGAAAGGAAAAAGCAUCCUCUGUUAUUAAUGACGAGGAAGAGGAUAAUUCAGAGUUUGCUGAGACUGAAGAGGUGGAACCAGCGUAUGAAACAGUGUUGGUUUUAGGGGAAGAUGGGAAGAUGGCACCUUUAGUCAAAACCAAUAAACUCAAAGGGCUCAAAAGAGACAGAAUUGACACCAGUGGCAUGCCUGAUGGAAAAAAACACAGAACACCUAGCCCUCCACAAAUGAAAAGCAUAGACCUGUCUGAUACGAUCAUAUCGUCCAUGCUUCACAAGCCCUCAGUGGAGCUACAAAGGAUUGACACCGCUAACCUGACGUUGCCCUUAGAACCAGUGAGAAGAAACAGGGGUCGUAAGAUGAAGACAUUGCUAGCACGAGAAUUGAAGCAAACCAAAACUGAAUUUUCAGAACAGAAAAAACGUGUCUGCAAGAGAGUUAAAAUACCCCAAAACCCCAAUAUGUGCACAGUGUGUGGACGUGUCUUAUCCCGCUUUUCAGACAUGAAAAAGCACAUGCAGACCCAUAAGAACGGUCGCACCUAUCAGUGUCGCAAUUGUCAGAAGACUUUCAAGCACUUGUACACUUUGCAAACUCACAGAAAGUCAUGUCUGUUUGGAACUGGGCAACAAGAGGAGAUUCCCUCUGUAGAGGGCAGUAGUGUUCCAUUUACUAUGUGUGAGGCAGAAUUCGCACAAUCCUCAAUAGACCGUAGAACAUGCAAGGUGUGCGGCAAGAUUGUGCAUCGCAUUGGAUACUUGAGUACCCACAUGAAGAUUCACUCUGCGAAUCGUCACUAUUCACUCGGAGAAGCAAAAGCAGUCCAGAAAGCAUCACCUAAGGGAGAAGACACCGAGCCGUCCAGUGGUGUUACUAUUGAGGCAACGCCUGAGGACAGUGACUCAUCCUCCACCAGUACUCCCCAGGACCCAUCUUACGACCCAGAACUCAGCCAGAUCAAAAGACCAAAGUGCUCCAGCACAGCAAAGAAGUCAAAUCGAAAAACCUUCCAAAAACCAAAACAUAUGUGCCGUAUUUGUGGUAAAUACGUGACUGCUGGAGCCUUUGAAUAUCACAUGAGAACUCACUCAGGCGAGCGCCCUUUCUCCUGCCCUCAUCCUCAGUGUGGGAUGAAGUUCAUACACAGCGGAGGUUUGCGGGUCCAUCUCAGACGCUAUUGCAAGGUUCGGACAGUUGACGCUGCUGAGCUCGACAGCUUCAACAUACGUUUUGAGUGUGACAAAUGUGAGAAGACAUUCACGAUCCAAUCAAAACUGAGGAAACACAAACUUAUCCACGGCCCGCUCUACUGCACAGGGUGCAGGAAGGUAUUGCCUGACUUAGAAACUUUAACCAGACACAAGCUUUGGCACAGGCCCGUUCAGUGCAGCAUGUGUGAGGAGAGCUUCAUGCUCACAAACCUCAGAACACACUAUCUGGAUGUCCAUAAGUUCAGCGGACCGUUCGUCUGCACCCACUGUCCGAAAAGCUACAAGAAGUUCCAUUCCCUCAUCAAACACGAGAUGGUUCACACCGGGAACCUCCCCUUACAGUGCUCCCAGUGUCCAAAGAGAUUCAUCUACAAUUACGACCUAGUUGAACACGAGAAAAGGCACUCUGACGACAGGCCUUGUCUCUGCUGGGAGUGUGGCAAGGCCUUCUGUACCAACAUUGACCUGAAACAACACAUGCAGAAUAGCCACGGUGAAAAAUCCACAGAGUGUCGUUUCCCGUGUCGCCAUUGUGGGAAACCCUUCAGGCUUAGUAAUUCCCGUGCGAACCAUGAGAAGACUAAGCAUGGUGGGGUGCGCUACCCGUGUACGUACUGUGGCAAGCAGUUUGUUUGUGCAAAUGCAUUGAAAAGGCAUGAUCUGAUUCACACGGGGGAGAGACCUUUUAAAUGCAACCAUAAGAGUUGUGAUAAGGCUUUCAGGUCGAGAGCUGAACUGAGGAUACACACGAGAUACCAUACUGGAGAGCGGCCGUUCAAGUGCAACGUCUGUGGAAAGGGCUUUGUUCAAGCCAAUUAUCUCACUACGCACUACCGGACUCAUACAGGGGAAAAGCCGUAUUCAUGUUCCGUCUGUGACAAAAGCUUUAACUACCAUGACUCCCUGAAGAGACACAUGUCUACACACUCAAACGAGAAGCCUUAUAAAUGCUUGGACUGUGGAAAAGCUUUCGAACGUAAAACUCUGUUGAAUGUACAUAAACGAUCAUGUACAUCAUUAAUGAAAUGUUAAUCCCUCCUUCCCCCAAUUGUGCUUUAAUGUAACAAGAUGUACAUUUGAUAAGAUUGUGGCCUGAGUGCAUUUCCCACUUUAUUUUUGUAAUUUUUUGUUGUGGCCAGUCAAUGUUUUCCCUUUUCAAAUAACUACAGUUAUGUGAGAAAAGUAUACGUGAAACUAAAUAAAAGUAGAAUAAAAUA